UGGAUCGCAGCUCCAAGAGGAGGCAGGUGAAGCCUCUGGCAGCUUCUCUUCUAGAGGCUCUCGAUUAUGAUAGUUCAGAUGACAGUGAUUUUAAAGUUGGAGAUGCUUCAGAUUCUGAAGGGAGUGGUAAUGGAAGUGAAGACCCUUCAAAGGACAGUGGAGAAGGCUCCUGUAGUGAUUCUGAAGAAAAUGUUUUAGAGGAAGAACUGAAUGAAGAUGUUAAAGUCAAAGAGGAACCACUGAAAAAUUCUUCCGAGGAGGAAGUACUGUCACCCGACAAGCAGUUAAUCAAAGUGGAGAAGAAGGAGGAAGAGGAUCAUGGAGAGAGACCUAGAAAGAAGAGGGAGAAGGAGAAGGAGAAAGAGAAAGAGAAAGAAAAAGAGAGGGAAAAAGAGAAAGAGAAGGAAAGAGAGAAGGAAAAGGAAAAAGCAGCAGUGUCUGAUAGCGCGGCUGCUUCCGCGGCCCCCUCCGCACCGGCCACCAGCCCUCCCGCCGUCGGCACGCCCCUGCCCGCGCCCGCCGCCGCCACCGCCACGGAGGAGCAAGCCAGUGAGCCCAAGAAGUGGAAUCUGCGCCGCAACCGCCCGCUUCUGGAUUUUGUGUCCAUGGAGGAGCUGAACGACAUGGACGACUACGACAGUGAGGAUGACAACGACUGGCGGCCCGCUGCGGUGAAGAGGAAAGGCCGGUCGGCGUCCCAGAAGGAGGGCAGUGACGGGGACAACGAGGAGGACGAGGACGAGGGCAGUGGGAGUGACGAAGACGAGAACGAGGAGGGCCACGACGAGGACCACAGCAGCCCCGCCAGCGAGGCGGGCUGCAGGAAGAAGAAGAGCAAAGCUCUUAGCAGGAACAGUGCUGAUGAUGAGGAGCUAACCAAUGAUAGCCUGGCACUGUCUCAGAGCAAGAGCAACGAGGACUCGCUGAUUCUUGAGAAGAGUCAGAACUGGAGUUCUCAAAAGAUGGACCACAUCCUGAUUUGCUGUGUCUGUCUGGGAGAUAACAGCGAGGACGCCGAUGAGAUAAUUCAGUGUGACAACUGCGGCAUCACAGUCCACGAAGGUUGCUAUGGGGUUGAUGGAGAGAGUGACUCUAUCAUGAGUUCAGCUUCUGAAAACUCCACGGAGCCUUGGUUUUGUGAUGCUUGUAAAUGCGGUGUUUCCCCCAGCUGUGAGCUGUGCCCUAACCAGGACGGGAUUUUCAAGGAGACUGAUGCUGGAAGAUGGGUUCACAUUGUCUGUGCCCUCUAUGUGCCUGGAGUAGCCUUUGGAGAUAUUGACAAAUUACGGCCAGUAACACUAACAGAAAUGAACUAUUCCAAAUAUGGUGCCAAGGAAUGUAGCUUCUGUGAAGACCCUCGCUUUGCCAGAACCGGGGUUUGCAUUAGCUGUGACGCGGGGAUGUGCAGAGCCUAUUUUCAUGUGACCUGUGCCCAGAAAGAAGGUUUGCUUUCAGAGGCAGCAGCAGAAGAGGACAUAGCAGAUCCGUUUUUUGCUUAUUGUAAGCAACAUGCAGAUCGUUUGGACAGAAAGUGGAAACGAAAAAAUUACUUGGCCCUGCAGUCCUACUGUAAAAUGUCCUUGCAGGAGAGAGAGAAGCAGCUGUCACCAGAAGCGCAGGCAAGGAUCAAUGCCCGGCUUCAGCAAUACCGUGCCAAGGCAGAACUAGCUCGAUCCACCAGACCCCAGGCCUGGGUUCCAAGGGAAAAAUUGCCCAGACCACUCACUAGUAGUGCUUCAGCUAUUCGUAAACUGAUGCGGAAAGCAGAGCUAAUGGGGAUCAGUACAGAUAUCUUCCCAGUGGACAAUUCAGAUACUAGCUCUAGUGUGGACGGAAGGAGGAAACAUAAGCAGCCAGCUCUCACUGCUGACUUUGUGAAUUAUUACUUUGAGAGAAAUAUGCGCAUGAUUCAAAUUCAGGAAAAUAUGGCUGAGCAAAAGAAUAUCAAGGAUAAAUUAGAGAACGAGCAAGAAAAGCUGCACGUGGAGUACAACAAGCUGUGUGAGUCUUUAGAAGAACUACAGAACUUGAAUGGAAAACUUCGAAGUGAAGGGCAAGGAAUAUGGGCCUUGCUGGGCAGGAUUACAGGACAGAAGUUGAACAUACCGGCAAUUUUGCGAGCACCCAAGGAGAGAAAACCGAGUAAAAAAGAAGGAGGCACACAGAAGACAUCUGCUCUUCCUACAGUGCUUUAUAGCUGUGGGAUCUGUAAGAAGAACCAUGACCAGCAUCUUCUUUUAUUGUGUGACACCUGUAAACUCCAUUACCACCUUGGAUGUCUGGACCCCCCUCUUACAAGGAUGCCAAGAAAGACCAAAAAUAGUUACUGGCAGUGCUCAGAGUGUGACCAGGCAGGGAGCAGCGACAUGGAAGCAGACAUGGCCAUGGAGACCUUGCCGGAUGGGACGAAGCGGUCGCGGAGGCAGAUCAAGGAGCCAGUGAAGUUCGUUCCGCAGGAUGUGCCGCCAGAGCCCAAGAAGAUCCCCAUAAGAAACACGAGAACCAGAGGACGGAAGCGAAGCUUCAUUCCUGAGGAAGAAAAACAUGAGGAAAGAGUUCCCAGAGAGAGAAGACAGAGACAGUCGGUGCUGCAGAAGAAGCCCAAGGCUGAAGACCUGAGAACCGAGUGUGCGACAUGCAAAGGGACCGGAGACAACGAGAAUCUUGUCAGAUGCCCUUCAUGAGACCCACCCAACUCUGCCACUGCUCAUCCUCGGAGGCAACCCUGGAAACCUCUUUUGUAAAUGUGAUUUAGAGUGUGGAUUGCUCUCGGUAGAGUACAUACAGUAAAGGAGGACAGCCCUCUUGUCUUUGCCAUGAGCUUAUCCCUGCAGGAAGUUGCCUUUACUUGGCAGGUUUGGAUAGAACGUAAUCGACGGGAUUGUUACUUAGUCUGACAAGGCAGUUAAUUUGCCUCUGUGGAUUUUCUUCUUUCCCUUGCUUUUCUUUUUCUCUUUGGCACUAAUCAGAAAUACUCAAUAUGUGCAUUGUUGGAAAAUAUUGCAUAAAUGUCUUUUCAGAAUUGUCCUAUCCAGUGUUUUUCCUUCUUGCUUCUUGGGCAAAUGAUGACGCAGUGUUUGGACUCUCUGAAGAGUUAUGGAAACUUCUGGGACUUAAAGGCGACGUUACAUGUUUCUCCCUAUUGUCGGACAGUCCGGUGACUAGCAAGAAGGGCGAUGCUUUCCGUUAGUCCGCUGCCCUGUCCUGUCCGCUUACCGUGCUCGUUCACAUCCGAAGCGCUGCCGCGCUGGGAGACACCUGCAGACUCACAGUAGAUGUUGCUUCCGUGAGAGACUUGUGAACCCCGUGACGUUCUGUUUUUAUCUCGUUAUUCCUAGUACGAAAGCAUUAACAUCAGCAUGACAUUUUUACAGCUUUCAGUUUUAAGUUUAUGAAUACAAAUAUAUCUGUGUUGAUCUCUGUGUAUUUUUUAGAGAUACCCAGGUUUACUCAGUCCUUACUGUUUUGUUUAAUAUGAACUCUCUGUGCUCAGAGUAAUUUUACUGUUUCAACCUCAAAUACGAAGUUAUGAAAUGAGGGACAUACAAAGCUUGUUGAUGGUACAACCUGCCUGCUGAAAGAUCAUCAACAUCUGUAUCUUUCCAGAGGUUUACAGAAUUAAAAUUUGAUCUUCAAGCUUUAAUGAUCCAGUUUUAAGUCAACGACAGAAACACAUUGAAUAUUCCAUCACUCAGUCUUGAACUGACUUAGAAGAGACUGUUCGCUGCUUUGAAGUGCACAUAUGCAUGUAAAUUGUCAGCAUAUCUCCUGGAAUUUCCUGAUUUAUGUAUGUGCUUUUGGACUUUUCAGGUAUAGUGGCAACUGAAUAUUGUUGAAACUUUAGGACUAGAGUAGGCAGUGUAUAGAUAAUCAAACGCAAGUAUAAUUAUAGAGUUUCUGUAUGCUAAUAAUCUAUAGUCAUGAUUGGAUAUUUAGUAAAAGUAAAGUAUGUAUAAUUACAUAUGCACAGAUUAGUUUAUUGAAGGUCUCAUAACAUUGGAGGAAAGAUAUCAGUAACCUGUAGCAAAAUCACUGUUUUUUAAGAAUAUAAAGACUAAUGAUCACUAUUUAAGCUUAUGAAAAGUUGGUAGUUACUAUUAUUGCUGAGAUACAGGUGGUUUUAAGAAAUACGACAGAUUCCUGGCGUCUGAGUGGGCCAUGCUAGUACAUUAGGCUGUAGCCCUGUCAGUGUGUGGGGAGACAAGGCCAACGUAGUAGUGACUAUUUUAUCUUAGGCUUUUUGUUUCUGAGAAAUCACUAGGGGUUGUGGUUUUGAUCUCACUUAAUCAGAAUCUUUUUCACCUUGAUUCGAAUUAGAAUACUUCAUAGUCAUCAUUUUCUGUCUUACAGAUUUCAGUAGUGUAUGUGCUCUUCCAUAUUUGAUGUACCCCUAAGAUCUUUGUCACAUGUUACAGAUGCAUAAUUGGUAAGAUGGUGGAUUCUGCAAAAAUGUAGAACUUUCGAAGGGUGUGGAAUGAAACCUUUUCUUCUGAUCAUCUCUGCAACAUUCCUGUAUUUCCAUAGUACACAGUUACCCCCAGUCCGUAGAUGUUCCAGUUGUUACUCAGAAGAAAACAUGUUUGCGUAAGAAAACUCGCAGAGUGGUUCAUAUUUCACAGACAUAUGUAAGAGAAGAUGACACGGGAAGUAAUUCAUGCUUAUUUCCUACAGAAUAGGAAAAGAGAGCACUAAAUACUGUGAAGGAAAUUGAAUGUUUUUGAAAUAUGAGAAGAAUGACAUGGUACUAAAUAAUUGUGGUUUCAGACUAUCACACAUCCAAAUCACGGGGAAGGUUUUUAUACAGUGCAUGUUGAGGCUCGAGCCUCCGCCACGUCCUUUCUCUCCCUACCUUACUCCUCCUCCCUCCUCUGGAGUUUCUGAUCUCCGUAGUGGUUGGGUGCAAACUGAAAAUUUACAUGUGUAAGAAAUUCCUAGGUAAUGUGGGUUUGGCUUAUCAGCAGCAGCAUUUGGAGAACAACCAUCGCCUUACCUUACCAUCAAUUCCUAAGGAGUGUUACUUACUCUUCUUAUGAGAUCCCUUUGGUGAAGAGUUUAUAUCCAUUUCAUCUACAACACAGAAAAUAUAAUUCCCUUAUUCUCAUAACUUCAGUUAAAUGUUUUACACUUAGGAGAACAGCAUUGGAGUGCACAGAUGAAUCACAGAACACAGCCUUUGUCCACAAUUAACUAAUUUCAUUGUUUCAAGAAAAGGACUUAAAAUUAGGGUUAUGUUUGAAAGUGAAAACAAAAUGUAGCUUGGGUCUUUAUCCAUUUUAAGUUUAGAAAUUACAUGUCACUGUCAUUCAUGUAUUUCUUGAAUGAUUACCUGAUUCUGUACUUACUGUGUGAACAACACUGACCAAAAGCUAAUAAUAUUCACGGUAUUCUGUUUCCUUUUUAUAGCCUAUUAAUGAAACCACUCUUUUCAAAAACAUUUACUUAUUUUAUAAACAUAAGUCCCCAGCGUGUCUACUUGAGUCACAGCAUGAUAAUAUAUGAAUAUUGCAUCAAAAUCUAUUCAAGAAAUUGAGGGCUAUGCUUCAGAGGAGAAUAUAUAUAUUCUAAAACUCAUUUUAAUUUUCUGAAAUAGUUUCUAACAAUUGGAACUUGUUUAAGAGAGUCAGCUUAGAAUUGCAGGGCCGGUGAAGGCAGAAGUUUUUCUCCUGUCAGAAUCAGCACUUUGCAAGUUUAUAUAGCAUUAGUGUUAUACUCUGAGACACGCAUGCUUUACAAGCAGUUCUGUCUGAAAAGGGAGGCCUUCUCCCCGUAGUGCGCUCCAGGGCAUUCUCUAGGCCUGCCAGCAGGAUUCACAGCUCUGUAGGUACAUAUCGUACAGUGUAGUGAAGGUGGAUGUUUGUGCUGGGCUUUGUAAAUAAAAUGAGGGUGACCCCUAGCCACCAUUUCCUUUACCUGAUUUACACUGUAAAGUCAGAGUCUGUGUUAUUUAUUAGAGUAUAGUUAGUCAGUUACGGGAGAGGAGAUACAAAGUGAUGUGCAGCUUGAACACUGCAGCAGGUCGUACUGCUGGUAAUUCCCAGAGGCAUGAGCAGAUGGAGGUCAGUUCAUCGAGGGACGAGCAGAUGUGUUCCAGGGGUGGAGAGGGCUGAUUCUCUCAUGCUGUGAUGAGAGCACUUGACCUUAAGGUAGAGUUUUAUAUGAAGUGCUUUCUUUCAUUUUUAAAAAAUUUCAAUCCUAAUCUUACAAUCUGACUGCUACAGCUAUAACUAACUGAAUUGAUUCCAUUCUUUAAGUGGCUGUAAAAUACAGAUUUAGAUUGGAUAAUUUUUCAGAUAUUUCUCAAUUAAUAUACAUUUACAUGUAAAGAUAUUUUUUAGUUCUUCCUUACUAGCUAUUCAUUAAUUGUUGCCUGAUAGAAGUUUAUAGUGACAUUAAUGGAAUAGAUUCAUGUCCUUCACUGGUCCCUUUGUGAAAUAUGAUUUAAAAGACAAUGUGUAAUUAUUUUGUAUAAAAAUGCUCUUGUAGGUGAUUUGCACUAAUUGUUGUAAAUUGAAAGGAAUAAAAAUAUUGUAUUUAUUGGUGUGAAUUGUUAUUCUAAUACUGGUAGAAUGCAGAAUUUUUUGCAAGCUUGUAUUAUUUUAAAAGUCAUUUAACUAAAGGGCCACAGUCCUUAUUUGCCUCAUCUGUUAAGACGUUUUGUUGAAAUAGCUGGCCACCGUUAAAUAAAAUAAUCCAUCACUGUUGGUGCAUAGACUUUUGUGAAGUGUUAGAGCUACUACUGAGGUUUUCAUUUGAGUAAUACUAACAUUCAAGACUAGCGUUUUGAUUUUUCUGCUAGACAUGACAAGCUGAAAAUGCAAUUUUACAAAAGUUUAAGAGCUGUAAUAGUGUAUGUUUUCAGACAGUUCUUUAUUUUGCUUUAUACAACUUUGAGGGGAUCAAAGUAAAGUAUUUUAUUAGCUUAAAAAAUGGUUAUCUUAUAAAGGCCAACUUCAUCAAAAAGGUACAACCCUUUUUAAGUAUGUACUAUGGAUUUUGUUUCUUCCUGAAAUUUGGCUUCUCAUCUGGCUAUAAAUUAUUUGUAUAGGAGAUGUGUUUAUUGUUUUAAUUAGUUUGUAAAAAGUACUUACUUUAGUUCCUAAUGGACUUGUUAAUCAGAAAUUAAGAGAGUUAAAGAAACUCUUUAGAACACUACUUGCCUGUACUAAGGCACAGGAAGAAAUAAGUCAGUUCUUUCUUUUACCUGUUUGCAUAUUGUCAGUGGUCAGUAGAUACCAGAUUGAUUGCUUGUAAUGUGCAUCAUAGCGCUUAGGAAGAGAAAGCAUUUUCUUCUUCUUUCUUGUCUUAAUCACAUGCAAAAGAAGUAUUUUGCAUACAUCCAGAACUGUGUUUAUUUGGUCACUGCGUUUUGUUAAAUGAAUGUGUGAAGGACCAUAUAAAGCUGCUUUAUUAUUUGUAUCUGUAUCCAGUGUAAGACCAGUAUCUAGGAAGUUGUCUUUAGGAGGAAAGUAAUCAAGCCCUCAGGUUUCAUUUUACCUCCUAAACAGUAUUCAUUUACGUUGUUUAAAAUUUUAAGUGUCACAAUGUCCUGUAGUGCUAAUGUGCACAGAGGAUAUUAGAGUCUAUAAAGAUGCUUUAAGUGUCCAGUUUGAAUUCUAUUUUAAAAAUUCAGUGUUAAUUUAUAGAUUAAUUUUAUAUUAUCUCGAUAUUUUAAGACAUUGCCAUCUUAUAAUGUGCUCUUGGUAUAAUAAUUUGUUUUAUUAGCCAUUUGUGUUACUUAAUAAACUCUUGUGCUGCAUCCUCAUA